AGCAACAAGGUCCACCAUCGAAGGGAAAAAACAAGCAGAUAUGCAUCAACUUUUAUCGAAAAUUCUUAGGUAGGGAAGGUUGACUUCAACAGCCAAGCCACGAAAAAAACCAUUCUCUGCUACUAUGGCCCCUACGUUUGUAUUCAUUGAUGUCUCCGCAAUUUGAUUUCUCGAUUUCGUUAUUAUGCCUUCGCUCUGGACUGCACUGUCUCUGUCGUCGUCGUCCACUCGCAAGCGGCCGUUGAAGGGCAAGGGCAAGAGCAAGAGCUCUAACGAUAUUUUCAUCAAUGAUCAGAAGAGAAAGCUAAAUCGACAGAGGAAGUUGAGGCAUGUCACUGACGAUGAAGUCGGCGUCAAUUCCUCUGCUGCUGAUGACAAAUCCCAGUCCUGGCCCGUUUCUCCGGAUUCGGGCUCCGGGCCUGCCUCUGGGGCCCGAACUCCUCACCCCGCCGCCUGCGACGGCCACUGGUCCAAGUCGGCGGUGCCGCAGCCGCUGCCCCGCCCUGAAAUGAAUCAUCAUCUUCCCCAGACCGAUUGUUCCAGAGACCCUCUUCCGAUUGCGAGAAAGCAUUCUCCUCAAAUUUAUGGAAAGACGACUGAUGAUAUUGUUCGGAACAACUAUCUAUAUCCAACAUACCGUCGCAGAGGAUUCCCUCAAGAGCUGCAUCUUGAUACUGCAGCAAAUGAAUUUGAUCUGCAUUUCCCUGCUAGGAGUGCUCCUAGCAGUGGUUACUCGAGUCCACUUCUUAGCCCACAAAAGUAUAGGACAGUGGACCUUUUCCGCCCUUCGUUUCAGGCCUCGUCAGCUUGGGAGACUUCGGCUUCAGAUAGAAUAUCUACAUCGUACAAAAUAUCACCAACGCCUACUCCUGAACACUCACCUCUGCAUAGCCCAACCAACCUUGGGAACACCAAAAACUCUAAUGCUGUUUUUGUACAUUCACAUAAUAAGUCUCUCGCUGAAGGUCUUGCAGCAAGGCCCGAUGCUAAUAAUGUCAAUGUUCACCCAUUGCCCCUUCCACCAUCUGUUUCUUCUAGGCCAUCACCUACUACACGGCACAGCAUUGACAGAUUGGAUUUUCCGUCUGUUAGAGGCCAGUGGCAGAAGGGGAGACCAAUAGGUCGUGGUACAUAUGGAAAUGUUUACAUUGCAACACACCGUGAAACUGGAGCUACAUGCGCGGUGAAAGAAGUCGAGAUGAUACCUGAUGACCCUAAAUGUGAAGAAUGUAUAAAGCAGUUGGAACAGGAGAUCAAAUUUCUCAGAGACUUUAAGCAUCAAAAUAUUGUACAGUAUUAUGGGUGUGAAACUAUAGAGGAUCGUUUUUGCAUAUAUUUGGAGUAUGUGCAUCCGGGAUCAAUUAGUAAGUAUGUCCAAGAAAACUCGGGAGCUAUGACAGAAAGUAUUAUUCGGAAUUUUACACGCCAUAUUCUCUCUGGGUUGGCUUACUUGCACAGCAAAAAGACAAUACACAGGGAUAUCAAAGGGGCAAAUUUACUUGUCAAUGCAGCUGGUGUUGUCAAGCUAGCUGACUUUGGAUUAGCAAAGCACCUCACAGAUGGAAUUUAUCUUUCUUUGAAGGGUACUCCACAUUGGAUGGCUCCAGAGGUAUUGCAGGCUGUAAUGCGAAAAGAUUCAAAUCCGCAGAUGGCCUAUGGUGUGGACAUCUGGAGCGUGGGUUGCACAGUUGUUGAGAUGUUGACAGGGAAACCUCCUUGGGGUGAUAUUAAUGGGGUACAAGCAAUGUUCAACAUAUUGAACAAAACACCACCAAUACCAGAAAAUUUAUCUUGUGAGGGGAGGGAUUUCCUCCUAUGUUGCUUCCAGAGAAGACCUGAAGACCGACCUUCAGCGUUUGAGCUGCUUAAGCAUCCAUUCUUAAGAAGUUCACAAGAACAUGUUUCUGCAGGUUUUGUGCACGAAUUUUCUGGACUGAAACUCAAUAAACUGACAGAGGUCGUAGAUAGUUCAUGCGACCAGACUCGAUGGAAUAAGGAGACAGCACCACUCUCGUCGAUUACAAGAAUCCAGCACGGAAAAUUGCCUCUACACAGUGGGGAAACGAGCCGACAAUCUUGCGCCGAAUGCGCAGACACAGCGGUACUGCCCCAUCACUCUCCCCGUUCUACUCUUGAAGUCCUUCCUCGUAUGUCUUUGGCGGAGCUCAGUCGAUGUUCAAACACUAGUAGCCCUUCAAAUGUAGAGAAUAAUGUGCUUCUUGGAGCUGCGAAUAACAAUAUCUACGGCUUCUCCUGCAAGGGGAACAUCACUUUACACAUGCCGAAAAUGCCAGAAAGAAAAAAACAUAGCAGCAGUGUAGAACAAGAAAUAAGUUAGCAAUAUAUUUGAUAUUACGUACCUUGUUCUUGUUACAAACCCAAUGAGGUUCUGAUAUUUCUAGGUAUUUAUUGAUGCUUUAGGUGCUGAUUAGAGGAAAAUUCUUUGUACGGUGAAUUUGUAGAUGUACAUAACACACAUAAAACCUAUGGAUCGAUUUCUAUAUGAGCCGAUUGUUAAUCUUA